AUGGCACCAUCGCACCCCAGGAAACGCAUAGUCGUGUGCUGCGACGGUACGUGGCUCGACAGUGACGGUGACUACCAGACCCCCAGUAAUGUUACCCGCAUUGCGAGAGCUAUUCCGCCGUUGGGUGAGGACACGUCCACCACUCCUUCCCAGCCAAUCACCCAGGUUGUCUUCUAUCAAAACGGUAUUGGCACUGGGUCUCCCUCCCUGUACGACAGAUUCAUCGGAGGCGCUACUGGCGAGGGUCUUGCGGAACAUAUCCGGGAAGCUUACAGCUUCAUCUGUCUCAACUACAACGAUGGAGAUGAGAUUUUCCUGCUUGGGUUCUCGCGAGGAGCCUUCACCGCCCGUUCGAUCUCCAGCUUGAUCAACGCAGCCGGUCUCCUUACCCCGAAAGGGCUGGAAUAUUUCGUGCAGGUCUUCGAAGACUGGGAGUUUCAGCAGAAGAAAGACUUCAAGUCCAAGUGGCCAGACCUGCCCUUUGUGGGACAUAAACCCCCCGUCACCCAUCCAGACUACCAGAAGAAGCUCAUCGAUGAUGGGCUCACACGGCCGAACAUCAAGGUCAAGUGUGUCGCCGUUUGGGAUACUGUUGGUGGACUGGGCAUUCCCAUGGUCGGACUCUUGCCACAGCCGCCUAGCACAGACUUUGCGUUUGUUGAUACGCGGGUCGAGUCGAAUAUCGAGUAUGCAUUCCAGGCUCUAGCCCUGGACGAACACCGACGUUCUUUCUCUCCCACUAUUUGGGAUUGGCCACAUGAGGAACCCAACGACUUGAAGUCCCUCAAACAAUGCUGGUUUCCGGGUGUGCAUAGCGACGUUGGCGGCAGCUACGACGAUACCGCCCUCGCAAAUCUCACCCUGGCGUGGAUGAUUAGCCAGCUGGACCCCAUUCUAACAAUUGACCACGGCUACAUUUUGAGCUACAUCACACCCGUUCAGAAGGACGAUAUGGACCUCUCCGGGCGACAUCAAACAUUCACCCACACAGGUCGCAUGGCCACUGUCAGCAAUACCACACCACACGCGCGGCCCUGGGGUUUGGGUAAGAUUCAUGACAGCAUGAGCUUCUUCUUCAAGCUAGGCGGCUCGCGUAUCCGUACUCCUGGCGAAUACCGCGAACAAGAGCUAGCUUCCCAGCAUGGAGUGCUCUUCUGGAUGCUGUACAAGAUCUUCCACCGUCUCAGCAACCGCUUCGAGGACAAGCACCACGCGCUUCCGCGGUUGAGGAGGACCAACGAAACAAUCCACAGCAGCGUCCGCAUCCGCAUGGGCAAACAUGGUCUCGGCUACAACGACAAAGGGACAUAUGACUCGCAGGCUCUACAAGGCUGGGUCAUGUUCGGGGUAGAGACGAACCCCGACACGCCUGUCGCCAUCGACGCUCCCGGGGCCGUGGGCAAGAUGAAGAAUGUUGUGUGGAAAAAGCAGGUCUUCCCAGAGAAGGUCAUCGAACCCCCGUCCCCCAACGGGGAGAGGAAGGGCAAAGUCGAGAUCUUGGAGGAUGCGGGCAAGACACAUUCUCUCGAGCUCGAGGAGGAACCCCUGGGCGCCUUCGAGCGCAAGAUCCUCCAGGACUGGCCCGUGGGUGACAUCAAGAAAGACUUUGACACCAUUGUUCCUGGGAGACAUCAGCAGAACGUCGACCGCGCGCAUACAGUGCCCCUAGAUGGUCAUGACCAUGUUCGGGGCUCCUCCAGCAGCAGCACUGCCAAACCUGGAGAUCCACUGACCGUGCAGACCGGGAAGAGGAGGAGCGAGACAAAUUGA